AUGACUCACAGCUGUCUCUCCACCACGCCUCUAGCGACGCUCGCGCUCUUACUUCCUCUCAUCACCCCUGCCCGUGCCCAAUGUGAGUACUGCCACUGCCGCACUCAUGCCCCACGCCGAUCGUGACGGAGCCCGCCCAGGGACCGCCGCCACUCGCUCGCAGAUUGGAUUGCCGCCUCUCGAAUGAAAGCGAUGACGACCGGCGACCAUGAGCACGAUGACGGCGACGAAUCCCGGCUUACGGCUUCGUACACGGACCAGCUGCAUUGAACUGAUUGGAAUUGUAUUGUCGAUGCAACAGAUGGUUACUACUAUGGCAACGGGAGACCGUAUGGACAGCGCAUCGGCAUUGGUGAGUAAUCCAAGGCCGUCCGUCGUUGUUCGCGUCCUCGUAUUGCGAUUCUGACCUCGUAUUCGCAAUGUACUGCUUCACUAGGAGUUGGAGGUAUGUCUCUCAUCGCAGGCCCCGACUGGACAUGAGAUGUGGAUUUCUCGAUCGAUUUACAAAGGCUGACCCGGAGUCCUGGCUCUCGAUCCGAUCCGAUCAGUUGCCGUCGCUGUCAUGCUCGUGAGUCCACACGCCAUAGCCCGUUGUCGUGUUUCAUGGGAUGGGACCUAAUUCAAGGUAUUUUAUUGUUCUGUCUUUACCACCAGGUCAUCCUCGUGAUCAGUUUCCUGCUGAGGCGUCGGCGAGCGCGCGCCUUCAAGCAAGCCUACCCCGUCCAGGCGUACCAACCGAAUCAAGUCCAGGGGCAGCCGUCGGCGUCCAACAAUAACGGCACAUUUGAGACGGGUCAACAGGGACAGCAGCAACAGGGCUACCAGACCCAGCCUUUUCACCAACCUCCUCCCGGAUGUGAGUCUGCUGAGGAUCGAGACGCGAUCGCUUUUCCAAGCAGACACUGCGCUGCGCUCCCGGUCGAGCCUGAGCUGACUCUGCAUUGCCCGUCCAACCCCACUUUGUCAUUAUGAAUGAUACAGACUCCAACUACCGAGCGGACCAAUCGACGUACCCUCAACCUCAUCAACCCCAAUACGCCCCCCCGACGUCGCUCCCUCCCGCCGCCAACCCGUCGAGUCACUACGCUCCACCGAGCGGGCCCCCUCCGACGGGCAAGUAG